AGGAAGUUGGGUUGGGUGGUUGCCAUGCGGAAGUAGGUCAGGUAAAGAGGGCGGAAGAGGCAGCGGACACUAGUCAUGGCCUCUGUCCCCUGUGCGCUGGUUACCAGCUGCGCGGCCGGAUUCGUAGAAGAAUCGCUCGUUACACAGAUCAUUGGGACAGCGCAGCUUCCUGCACCUGUACAGGAAGUGGAGGGAGUGAGACAGUACCCAUGGAGGAUAGACAACAAGUAUUACUCAGCCACUGUGAAUGUUUGCGUUGUGCCCAGCACAAGCCAUGUUACUGCUCAGAUGGCAGAGUCCGUACAGGCCUUCAUUGUCUACUUUGACAGCACGGUGAAUUCUGGCCUAGAGAAGGUGUCUCCCUGGCUUCCGCUGCUGGAAGACUGGCUGUUGGACGUUAUGAUCCUGGUGUGUGACCGGGCAUCUGAUAAUGGUGUGAGCCGACAAACUGCACAGGAGUGGUGUAUCCAACAUGGGUUUGAGUUGGUCGAGUUGAACCCUGAGGAGCUGCCAGAUGAAGAUGAUGAUUUCCCAGAAUCCACUGGUGUCACCCGUAUAAUUCAAGCUCUAAAUGCCAAUGUGUGGUCAAAUGUGGAAAUGAAAAGUGAACCAUCCUUUGGGAUCUUCAGCUCAUUGACAACCAUGAACCACAGCCCAGAAAGCAGCGGAGAUCCACAGGAUAACGUCUCCGUGUCCAGUGGGGAAUCUUCAGCACAGGAUGCAGAACAUGGACGAGUUGGUGGCUCUGGCAGCCACUGUGGUUCCCAAGUGGAUACUAUUGUAGACCCGAUGCUAGACCUGGAUAUCCGGGAGCUAGCCAGCCUAACUUCAGGAGAAGGAGACCUGGAGAAUUAUGGCCGACUUUUCUCCAAACUUCAGGAAAUGAAAGAUAAAGCUGCCACAUUGCCACAUGAGCAAAGAAAGUUGCAUGCAGAAAAGGUUGCCAAAGCUUUCUGGAUGGCCAUUGGAGGAGAUCGUGACGAAAUUGAAGGCGUUUCUUCUGAUGAGGAGAAGUGAUGGGUGUGCAGUGCAGGGGGACAGCCAACGCCGCCUCCACUUGUAUUACAGUGCUGCUUCCCCAUGUCCUCUGCCUACAACUUCUUCAUAGGGAACCUGAUAGCGCAGAUGCCUCUAGAGCUCUAUGUAUGUUUGUCAGUGAUAUUACUUGUGUAUUUAUUAGAAAGCAACAGAUCUAAAUAAACUAUUUUAUAUUAAUUUCAACAUCCA